AUGAAGUUUCCACAGGGCUGUGACUGUGACCAUGACCGUAACCGCGCCGCCCGCCGCCGCCCGCCCGCUCUCCGCGCCGUCCUGCCGCUGCUGCUGCUUCUGCUGCUGCCGCGGGCCGCCGCCGCGCCGCUGCCCGCCGCCGACUCCUCGGGGGAGGCCGAGCUGGAGGAGGUGGCGGGGCGGCGGGCGGCGCUGCCCGACUGCGUGCGGCUGGCGCGGCUGCUGCACGCCCGGGCCACGCAGCUGCAGGAGGAGAUGUGCGAGAAGUUUACCGUCUGCGAGAACAGCAUGGAAAUGCUCGUCCAGAACAACCUCAACCUCCCCAAGGUGACGGAGGAGGACGGGUGUCUGCUCACCGGCUUCAAUGAGGAUAAAUGCUUGAUGAAAAUCUCCAGCGGGCUUUAUACAUUUCAGACAUACUUAAAAUUCGUACAAGAAACUUUUACUAGUGAAAAGCAGAACAUUGAAUCACUGUGCUAUACUACAGAGCACCUGGCACAUACCGUAAAACAGAUGGUGAUCAAUCCCAAUGAAGUUAUCAUCCCGGACUCAGCUACCCAGGAAUCCCUCCGGGCAAAGCUGAAGUCUGAUAAGAUCUGGAUAGAGAAAAUCACCACCCACCUCAUCCUCCGAGACUUUACUUCAUUUAUGGAGAAAACUGUGAGGGCUGUUCGCUAUUUGAAAAACACCAGGAGUUUCAGUGUCUGAAUGUUUUAAUUCAGGCACAAUCCUUUGUUACAAAUCUGUCAUGUGGCAGAUGACAGUGUUGUUCUGUUUUAGGAACUAGAAAUAGUAACAAUGGUUUUCAUUUAGAUACGUUCUCAUUUCCU